AGGACAGAUAAAGUUGACAGUACGCGGCCUACGGAAAACUUACGGAACGUUCACACGGGAAUGACAAUUGUUUUAGCAUUUUAAUUUAGACAGAUUUCUAACAGCUGUGUGUGAGAACGUUACGUACUUGGUAACGAUUCACUAGGUCCAUAGUUUUAACGCUAUUAAACACGAUGUAUGAAGUACAUGAGAAGCAUGUCGCGGAACGGUGUUGAUUUCGUGUUCCUUUUACUGUCCUAGCGAAUCAACGAGGCCGUCUUGGUACAGGUAUGUCCUGAUGUGCAAUGCGGCCGCAUAUAUCACAUAGGACAUUUCACAAUUGAACGGAUAAUUUCGCUAUUUUAUACACUAAAAUAUUUUAUGACUAGAAAAUUAAGAAGAUUCUGUUUGUGAACUACGAGCUUUGCUUAUGUGACAAUGAAAAAUCAGUAGUUUGGUAGCCAUGUGUAUGGAAACUACAAUGUGUACAUGCGUUAACCACGAACCAUUUGUAGUUAAAGGAAAUGCUAUAAGAAUCGAGUGCUUCUGUUGUAUGGAAAACGAUUGCGGAAAUAUUACAUUUGAUACUUUGUAAAAUGGUAUAACCUUCUGAAGGAUGUGUCAAUUUGAUAAUAUCGUCAUCGAUUUUCAACAAAUCUGUCCAGGAAAUUUAAGAAUGUGACCGGUUUUCAUGUGUUCACUUGUUAACACCAACAUUAUAACUAAAAUGUUUACAUCACUGUUCCGUAUUCUUAUGUUCAUCGCGACUUGUUGGACGGAAGUAGAUUUGUGUCUGCGACGAAGCUCAAAUGAAAAGAACCCUGUGCACGACAAAGGGUUCGACAACCUGUUCCGUACAAACACGGAGGAAUUGGAGAACGUGCCCAUUCACUUUGACAAACCGAUUCCUCGAUGGAUUACUGGAACAUUGAUUAGAAAUGGACCUGCUCAGUUCGAGGUUGGAAAUCGCAGCUUCACCCACAUGUUUGACGGGUUCGGCAAACUCUACAGUUGGCGUUUUCAAGGAAACGGUUCCGUCUAUUUUUCUACUAAAUUCAUCAAAUCGGAGUUUUACAAGAAGUCUAUCUCACUGAGUGACAUAUCGCCUUAUGUGAUGUUCGGGUCAACACAGCCGCGAUUUAACCCUGUACAGACGUUACUAGCAUUGUGGCGAAAUAUGGACAACAUGAAUGUGAACAUUUACCGCUUUCCGUCCGAAAAAAGUCACCGGGGUGAUUUUGUAUCGUUGACUGAUGUUUGGGACAAUUACGAAAUCGAUCCGUCAUCUCUUGGGACGAUUGGUUAUCAGCACCCAACAGUUCCAUCGACCGGCGGUAUUAAUAGUUUCAUUUUUCGGAACAUUAUGUCGACACCUCAUCCACUUCCAGAAUAUGGCACGUCUAAUCAUUUCACGUUUUUGCUGAGUCUUGCUGUUGUUCCUGGAUUUAAUCAUCGGAUUUCGCUUAUCCGGAUAAAGUCAAUGAUGGAUCGUGAGGUUGUUACACAAUGGACCGUGAAUCAACACGAAGCACCUUACAUGCAUUCAUUUUCCGUUACUCCAAAUUAUGUGAUACUUUUCAGCGCACCACUAUUUUUUAAUUUCCAUGCCUUCCUAGUUUCUGGGUCUGUUUUAAAAGGACUUCAAUGGCACGGUUCCGAGGAGAACAUGACCAUACAUGUUAUUGACAUAAAAUCAGGAAUCAUCCGAACGUUUACAGCCCCGCCAGUAUUCUAUAUGCAUCACAUAAACGCCUUCGAGACGUGGACUAAUGAGAUCAUAAUUGACCUACCAACUUACAGGGACGCUUCAGUCAUUUUGAAUUUGAAAACGGAAACAUUGCUUAACCGCAGGAAAAGAAACAAGCUGAAUCCACAUUCGGUUUUAACACGUUACGGGAUAAAUUUGAACAAAACACAGGUAAGUGUCAAGCCAUUUCCAGAAUCUGUCAAGUAUCCCUGUGUAACAAAGUUUGACAUGCCGAUAAUUAACGAGAACUACAGGUCCCGGAAUUACUGUUAUGUGUACGGUUUUGUCCCAAAGUGGGACGACAAACAGUAUAGUCAGUUUGCUCUUGUCAAAAAAGACCUGUGUGGUAAUGGAAAAGACCGGAUGUGGUUCUAUCCUAAUCAUUAUCCGGCGGAAAUGUGGUUUAUUCCAUUUCCGGCAGUAAACAGUACUAACCUUGACGAAGAUGCCGGAUACUUGUUGGUACCUGUUUUGGAUGGUCAGAAGAACGUCAGCUAUCUUGCCAUUAUUGAUGCUGUGUCUAUGAAAACCUCUUUCACUGCGUACCUGCCAACACGUGUUCCUGAAACCUUUCACGGGAGAUUUUUUCCUGGUAUUGAAUGACAAUAUCAUGUUACAUUCUUUGCAGAAUUUUGCUUCGUUUUGUUUUGUUUAUAAAUUAUAAAAGUAACACGAAGAAACUGAAUUCAUCGCAUUGGGAACAAUGCUAUGCUUGUCCUUUUCCAAUCGUUUAAAAAGAAUUUGUGAUGUUAAAUUUGAUUACCUUUAAUUAUUCGAUAGCUUAGUAGGGUAAAUACCCCGGGGUAAUCUACUUGCAAUUGUCUUUCUCGUGCAGAAAGUGGAUUCGUACAUAUUGACACACAUUCACACACUUACUAUGUAUUUAUAGAAACAGUUAUACAAGAAUAAUCGUGUAAUGCAGUUUGUCUCUCUCCCUUAUGCUGUCUCAACAUAUUCAUGUAUUUGUAUUCCUACAUUUGAAGUGUGUUCAUAAAUAUACACGGCUGUCUCAUAACGUUCUCACCACUAAUAUGAUAUAAAGAUGUACGUUUAUGGCAAACAGCAAAACAUAAAAACACAACAAACAAAUACGUACACAACAUUUUGCGAAGACAUUAUAUAUACAUACACAUUUUUGAAAGUCACAAGACCGAUUCUCGAGGCCUUUCGCUGCUCUACAACUCUUUAGGAUAUUAUUUAACUUUUGUAUAACAUACAGGUAUACAGAAAAAAAAUCUAUAACGAUCGACCCUCGAAGGAAGAAAACUGCUGGUUUUGAAGUUGGUCGCUAUGUCUUAUUUCUAAACUUUGUAAAAGGAUUAACCUUUCUUUGUUUGUUGUCUGUUAAAGAUAUCCUUUAUAAUAAUAAUAGGCUUUAAUUACACUCGAUAAUAACAUGUUAAGUCACAGACUCUUCUCACACAUGGCCGAAAACAUAUAUACAAGUAUGUACAACAUGGAUAAUACGUUACAAAUAUAAGAGAUAAUGCAAAAACAUACAUUAUAAAGAUAUAUUGUAUACAUAUAUAAAGCUAUACUGCUUUUCAAUUGAGUAAUUAAUAAUGUAACUACAUUUCAUUACAACACCUAUGUCAACCAUACUGUUAUAGUAACACACGCUGCUGAAACAUAAUUACAUAUCGUAGUAUAUUGCUUAUUGGGAAAGUCGUAAUGUCCAGAUCAGGCCGAAAGAGAGUGGGUUUUUUUGCUUUAUACCAGUAGUUUAAAAUCGUUUCUGCAGUUGGUUUUUAAUACUGCAAGUGAUUUGGAAGAUUUGGUUUGAGUGGAUAGGCUGUUCCAAAGAUGUGGUCCUUGAUAUAAAAAUGACUACUUGAAAAGUUCUGUUUUGUGUUUUGGUAUACGGUAAUUUCCUGCUGUUGCGGUGCGUGUGUUUCUGUUGUGACUUUCCUGGACUAAAGUGUGUGUUUUGAGAUAUGCAGGGGUAAAAUCAUUGAUAACCCUUUUCGAUGUUCACAACCUGUCUGACUGAUGUAAAAGUCUGACCAAUUUUAACAUACUAAAUUAUACUACACUACUUGAUUUACAGUUCAUAUUGUAAUAAACAGUAAAUGUAAAUGUAAAAGCAAUCUAAGG